AUUCCCGAAACGACACGCAGUCUACUCAGCACUUACCUUAAAACAAUCCUUGAACCGGCGUCGCCCCACCGCGUCUCAUUUCUCUUCUCUCUCUCUCAAACAAGAACCUUAUCCUUUUAAACCGUCCUGAUCCAUCUCCUUCCCUUCACUCAAUCAACCACACUUGUAAUGGCAUCUUCUACUUCUUGUCUGAAUCUCUUCGUCUUCUCCUUCCUCUCCGUUCUACUCAUUACCAAAUCACAGAUCUCUGGUUCGGUCAACGGUGUCGUUUUCCCUGUUACUCGAGACCUAUCAACAGGUCAAUACGUCGCAGAGAUUCGCCUUGGCGACUCGUAUGAGCCGGUUAACCUCGUCGUUGAUCUAUCCGGUACGCUUCUAUGGUUCGAUUGCACCUCCGGACAUAUCUCCACGUCGCGAAGUCUGAUCUCAGGAAGCUCAAGCGGCUGUCUGAAAGCCAAAGCUGGGAACGACAGAGUUUCAUCGCGCGGAGACCAAAACGGUGAUUGCGAGUUGCUUGUCCGAAACGGCGUCGUUGGGAUUACGGCGAGAGGAGAGCUCGCAACAGACGUCUUAUCAUAUGGAUCUGUUGCUUCUCAGGGAACGGUUGAUCUUCUCUUCGCCUGCGCUCCUCCGUUGCUGUUACGUGGACUCCCUAGUGGAGCCCAAGGAGUAAUGGGCCUUUCCAAGGCCCAAAUCUCUCUCCCUUCCCAACUCGCCGCGGAAACUAACGAACCCCGUCGUUUAACUGUUUAUCUCUCGCCGUCGAACGGCGUCGUGUCAACGCGUUCGGUGGAGGAUGUGUUCGGAGCGGCUGCAGCUAGAUCGUUGGUCUACACGCCACUGUCAACAACCUCGAGCGGCGGUUACUUAAUCAACGUGAAAUCGAUCAGAGUCAACGGGUUCAUGCUCGCCGUGAACGGCACGUUAUCCGCAGAGCUAAGCACGUUGGUCCCUUACACGACGAUGGAGAGCUCGCUCUACGCGGUUUUCGCGGAUGCUUACGUUAAAGCUGCUGCGAGCAACGCUAAAUCGGUGGCUCCCGUGGCACCGUUUGGUCUCUGCUUCACGAGCACGUCUUCUUCGGAUUUUCCGGCGGUUGAUCUGGCGUUGCAGAGCGAGAUGGUGAGGUGGAGGAUUCAGGGGGAGAAUCUGCUGGUGGAUGUUGGUGGUGGGGUCCAAUGCUUGGGAAUUGUAGACGGCGGGUCGAACCGGGUCAGUCCGAUUACAAUGGGUGGGUUGCAGUUAGAAGGCUUUGUGUUGGACUUUGAUUUGGGUAACUCGGUGAUGGGGUUUGGAGAAAGGACACGCUCUAGUUUAGAUUCCUUCCGACAAGAAGCUUUGUAGUAAAAACAUCUUGUUUGACUUUGUAGAUAUUGUCAGUUUUGCGCUCUUUGUUUGUUGUGUGUUUGUCAUAAGGUACCGUUUUCUUACAUGAGUUACUGUAAGCAACUCUGCUCAUUUACACUAAUAUGGUUUGUUGGUUGUGAUUAUA